CAGCCCAUUUUCAUCCUCACUCACUAUCUCUAACAAAACUGGCCACCCGGCCAUCUCUCUCUCUCUCACAGACACACACACACACUUUCUCUCUCUAAAAGCCUCUCAGUCUCUCUCUGGAAUUGACAAAGAUGAAGUCUAUGCAGCCUCCAAGGAGAAAAGCGCCUCCGCCUUCAGAUCUAACUAUAAGGCCUUGGAUUCAAAGGCUUCGCCGGCGGCUAAGUUGAAGAGUCUGUUGCCACCAAGGCCGCUGCCGUCAAAUCCUCUCAAACGUAAGCUGGGACGCUUCCUAAGAACUCCGUCCAUGAAGCCUCUGGAUCUCUUCGUCGAGUGAUUGAGUUUCUGGGCUGCGUUCCUCUGCUUCAGCGCCUACCCAGCUCCUCACUCAAGAAAAUCGCCCAGCUCAUAAUUCCAAAGCACUACGGUGAAUCCCACAACCUCAUUUUUUACUGUGCUAUGAAAUUUCAAUUGUGGUUUUGUAUGCUCUCAGGGAUGGCACUGUCAGUUGACUGAAGAACCAUUUAUCGCUGUGAAGGAACUGCUGAAAACAGCUAUCAGUCGUGCAACGUCCAGAAAUGAUUGGAUGACUAUCAGAGAUGCCCUUGACGUGUCUGCUGAAAUGUUUAAGAAGGAUGGAAAUAAUGUUUCAGAUUAUGUUCAGCGUCAUCUUACAUCUUUGUCCAUUUGGGAGGAAUUACGUUUCUGGGAAAGCUACUUUGACUGUCUAAUGGAAUGGUCUUCAAACAAUGCUUAAAAUACUUGUGUUGCAGGACCCAGUAAUCAGGCCACUACAUGAACUGGAGAAAAGUAACUUGGAAGAUAUUCUAAUUAAACGACCAGCAGAGGAAUGUCUUGUCUCAGUUGCUGCGUCUCUUUUUCCAUGACUGCUUCAUUGAGGAGGUCGGCCAACUAUGCCUCUUUGGUGACUGAUCAAUCUUUGGUGGAAUUACACAUGGCUGGACUAGGACUUCCUGAUCUUGAUGCAUGGUACAUGAUUGAAACAAUAGCUGAGAAGAACAACAUUGGAUACACACAAUUUAUAAAGCUGAGGGGGUUAUUGUCGCAUGUUCAACAACUACGAAUUGGUUACUGGGGAAUCAGUUCUUUCAAGGCCCAAUCCAUGUCUCAUGGAUUAGCAUCUCCACGUUCAAAAGAUGCUGCAGUUGAGAGUCAGCAACCUGCCGAGGCCUCCGGUGUUGGGAGGAGCUGGGUUCAGAGCAUGUUCAGUAGGGAUAAUUCAACCAGAUUAAACUCUUUCAGUCGUGUUCGCAAAUGGACUUCUGAUGGUGGCUCUCCAGGUAGUUCAGUUGCUAAAAUUAGUUGCUUGCAUUUUAUGUUUUUUCGAUACAUCACCAUAAUUUCUUGUCAUGAAGCUACAAAUGAAAAUGGGACAUCUCGUAAGAGAGAAUUAUCUGCAGCUGGACAGAAGAAAACCCAAACCAAUGUUCUAGUACUUAGAGGCCAUACUGGCCCUAUCACUGCUCUACAUUGUGUAACAAGGAGGGAAGUUUGGGAUCUAGUGGGUGACCGUGAAGACGCAGGUUUCUUCAUCAGUGGGAGCACAGACUGCACAGUGAGCUUCGCAUUUUUAUUUGCUUCUACCAUACAACUCCAUUCACAAGAGUCUAUCCUGUAAAGAGUUAUAUUAAUUCUUUCAGCAAUCUUUCAGGUUAAGAUCUGGGAUCCUAGUUUACCCGUUGAUUAUGACUUAUGCUAUUGAAUAUAUUCAAAGUGGGCAGCGAAGACUCAUAAAGUAUACACCCAAGAGGAACUUGACAAGGUCCGCAUUGAAGUAGCUGACUAUUUGCAGACUUUCCUAUAGAUGCUGACUCUACCAAAGUGAUUUUGAGUAAGGCUAGCUAGAUUUUUUAGAAUCAUUUUGAAGUAGAACGUUGUACAGUUGCAGGUGAACUAAACUGCAUAUAGUUAUUGCAAUGGUCUAUUUUGGGCUAGCCUUGAUGUAGGUUGGGGUGUUUUUGCCUAUUUUUGAAACUAUUAACAAUUCUGCUGUUCGACAGAAAUUAAUGCAAUGCCCCAUAUUCAAUUAAUUCAGAA